AAAACCCAUUUCCACCCUAAAAGUUCACAAACAUUAAGUGAACAACUCAUCAAAUAUGCAUAUCAAAAACAAAUUUAAGCCCAACUUUUGUACAAUCCUAGCAGUAUUAUGCACUGUCUUAACUGAUUUAUGUCUUGGAGAUGAUAUGAUCACUGCAAAUGGGAGUCUUACAGGGGAUCAAACCAUAAUAUCCGCGACUGGCUUGUUCGAGCUAGGCUUCUUUAAACCAGGUAACACUUCCAACUACUACAUUGCUAUCUGGUACAAGAAAAUCCCAGGAAAAGCUAUCAUUUGGGUAGCUAAUAGAGAUCAGCCUGUAUCUAACAAACACACUUCAAAACUCGAGUUUUGGAGUGAUGGUAACUUAGUUCUUCUUAGCAAUGAGUCUAAAAGUUCUCCAAUUUGGUCUACUAACUUGAGCUAUAAUCCCUCUAAAAGUCUUAAAGCUGUUCUCCUAGAUGAUGGUAAUCUCGUUUUGAGAGAUGGGUCUAAUUCGAAAACACCCAUUUGGCAGAGUUUUGAUCAUCCAACCGACACGCUUAUGCCUGAUGGUAAGUUAGGAUUGAACAAAGCUAAAAACACAAGUCAAGUUCUUACGUCUUGGAAGAGCUUAGAGGACCCUGGAACGGGCCAUUACACGAUUGAACGAGAUCCUAACGCUAGUCAGUUUAUAAUGUUAUGGAACAAGACUGAACAGUAUUGGACUAGUGGACUGUGGAUUCCUAAUCAGCAGAUUUUCAGUCUUGUGCCAGAGCUUAGGUUUCUUAAAACACAGUUAUAUAGUUUUAGCUAUGUUGAUAAUGAUAAUGAGAGUUACAUUACUUAUUCCGUUAAGAAUCCUUCGAUUGUAACGAGGUUAGUAAUGGAUGUUUCGGGCCAGAUCAAGCAGCUAACAUGGCUGGAUAAUGCUCAGCAAUGGGUCUUGUUUUGGACACAGCCUGGACAGCAGUGUGAAGCUUAUGCUUAUUGUGGUGCUUUUGCUGUUUGUAAUCAAUCAUCGCUUCCGUAUUGUCAUUGUUUACACGGGUUUGAUCCUAAUUCAGAAUCAGAAUGGAAUUUGAACGAUUACUCUGGUGGGUGCGCGAGAAAAACUAAGUUAUCAUGUGAAACCGGUGAGGAUACAGAUAAGUUUUUAGUAAGUCCUAGUCGAGUGUUACCCGAACACCCACAUUUUGACUCGGCUAGAUCUAUCGAAGAAUGUGAAACUGCGUGUUUGAGGAAUUGCUCUUGUACCGCGUAUGCUUUUGAUGAAAAUGGGUGUUAUGUUUGGUUUGUAGACUUGUUGAAUAUGAGACAACAGUCUGAUAAUAGUGGGAAAAUUCUGUAUGUUCGAGUCGCUGAAUCUGAUGUUCGAGCGAGUGGGAAUAAGAAGUUAGUCAUGGGUGUUUUGGUGGGCUUGGGUAUGGGGCUGGUAGCUGUAUUUGGGCUUAUUUAUUUUGUUCAUUGGAGGGGAAAAAGGCGGUUGUUUGUCGCUACGAAAACAAUGGAACACUCAUUGACAAGAUUUAGUUAUAGAGAUCUUCAGUCUGCCACUAGGAAUUUCUCACAGAAACUAGGAGGAGGUGGAUUCGGAUCAGUUUUUAAAGGAAUGUUGCCUGACUCGACUCCGAUAGCAGUAAAAAAGCUCGAGAAAACGAGCCAUAAUCAAGGGGAGAAGCAAUUCCGAGCAGAAGUAAGUGCGAUUGGAAUGAUUCAGCAUGUAAAUCUUGUUCGUCUUUGCGGUUUUUGUUCAGAAGGGUCGCAGAGAUUGUUGGUGUAUGAGUAUAUGCCUAAUGGAUCGUUAAACACUCGUCUUUUCAAUAAAGAAGAGAACUUUCCGGUUUUAAACUGGAGAAUGAGGUAUCAGAUUGCAACGGGAACAGCCAGGGGAUUGGCUUAUCUACACGAAAAAUGCAGGGAUUGUAUCAUACAUUGUGACAUUAAGCCCGAAAACAUACUUUUAGACGCUGAAUUUGGUCCAAAGGUUGCGGAUUUUGGAUUAGCAAAGCUCGUAGGGCGAGAGUUUAGUCGUGUUUUGACUACAAUUAGAGGUACGAGGGGGUACUUAGCACCCGAGUGGAUAUCAGGGGAUGCCGUAACAGCAAAAGCUGAUGUCUACAGCUAUGGGAUGACACUAUUCGAGAUUAUAUCAGGCAGACGAAACAUUCAUUAUGCAACCGAAGGUCGAUUGGACUUUUACCCAACUUGGGCUAUGACUAAAAUAAUCGAGGGCGAAGAUGUUUUACACAUAAUAGAUCCUCGGUUGGAAGGAGACGCUGAAAAAGAAGAAGUCAUGAGAAUUUGUAAACUCGCUUGUUGGUGCAUCCAAGACGAAGAGACUCAAAGGCCGUCAAUGGGGCAAGCAGUUCAAGUUCUCGAGGGAAUUUUGGACAUUGAUAUGCCAUCAAUACCGCGCUCACUUCAAGUAUUUGGUGGCAAUGCAGAAAGUCCUGUAUUUUUUAGCGAGUUUACAUCGAGUCAGUAUUCAACCGAAAGAACUGACAAUGCAUCAGCUACUUUGACGAGCGAGGACAGCUCCACAUAUAUAAGUGCUAGUUCCAUACUUAGGUCAAAUUGAUAUAUAGAUUUCUAUGUUUUGUAAUGCUAUGUUGCUUGUUUCAUCAAUUCACUUUGCUCUUCUUCUUUUGCUUCUCUAUUAUUCCUAGAACUAGAAUCCAACACCCACUUGCAAUCACCCCUUGUACAUCACAAAAAACUUUGUCUUGUAUACUAUAGUAUAGCUAUGUUACUUUGACACGGGUUCUGAUGUCGGAUAAUGGUACAUAUUCAAGUGUUAGAUACGUCUAAAUAUUCAAUUUUAUGCCUAGAAUGAAGUGUUUAAGUGCCAUAC